AUGCACCCAGCGACUGACGGUUCAGACAACGACGAAACAGAAGAUGACCAAAGCAUUCAUCUUUUCAUGGACUCCAGUAAUUCAGAGUCAGUGCAAGAUGAGGAAGACGUCUCCUGUUAUGUGGAUGAGUCUGUGCUAGAAGAGGAGGAGGAUGAUGAAGUGGUGGAAAGCUUCGAUGACGAGCAGAGUGCAGCCUAUCAUCACAUACAAGAUGGGGAGGGGCAUGGAAGUGAUCAGUGUACCGAGCAGCCCUGCUCUGUCUUUCAUCAGAUAUCCCUGCAACUCAAAAAUGUGGAGGCUUUGUUGGACAUGGAGCAUACAGAGGAUGCCACAAGUGUUUGA